AGAACUCAAUAGUUAGAAAUAUUCUUAGUCAGCACCAGUACAUCACAUGAUGAUGAGGCUCCCAUUGCUCUUGGUCUCCAUUGUCCUUUUUUUGGCGCAGGAGCAAUAUGCCCAGUCGCCGCAGGACACCCUCUCGAAGGGAGUCGAGGAUUUUUGCUUGGAUCUCCUGCACCGUACAGCAGUGGGGCCCGAAAACUCCCACAAGAACUUCAUGAUAUCGCCCUUCUCCGUGUGGUCCUUGCUGGUGCUCCUCUACGAGGGAUCGGAAGGGGAAACCCUCAACCAGCUACGCCAGACCCUGCGCAUCAAUGUCGAGGAUGAAUUACUUCGCCGUUUCUACAGUGAUCGGAACCGAUUUCUCAACAUCAAACAUGACGAUGUUGAGGUGAGCUCCCUGCUGGCCGUGUACACCGACAAUAGUUAUUGGAUCAAAAAUGGCUACCGGUAUACCAUCCAGAGCUACAAUGCGCAGACCGAGGAGGUGGACUUCAGCAGAGCGGAUACGGUGCGUCGGAUCAACGAUGUCAUCGAUCGCAGCACCCGAGGUCUCAUCAAAAACCCAGUGAAGCAACAAGAUGUGUAUGGAGCCAAAAUGUUCCUGCUUUCCACUCUUUACUUCAAGGCCUGGUGGACGUUCCCCUUCAAGACAUCACAGACAAGGAUGGGAUCGUUUCACAACGAGAACGGUGCGGUUAUCGCCGAAGUGCCCCUGAUGCAGCAGACAGCAAACCUCGCCUUUGCCUCCAAAAUCCAGGGUCUGAAUGCCUUUGUUUUGGAGCUGCCCUACGGCACCGGCAAGAACCCGGCGAUGAUCGUGCUGCUGCCCAAGCGUGGCUUCAAAUUAAUCGAUGUGGCCAACAAUCUGAGAAACAUAGGAUUAUGGCCCAUCUUCCAGCAUUUGAAUGCUUUCAGAAGUAAUGCCUCCGAGGACAACGAGGUGGAGGUCGUGUUGCCAAGAUUCGAGAUAUCCACGACUUUUGAUCUCAAGGAAACCCUGAUCCAGAUGGGCAUUCGGGAUCUGUUCGACGAGGGUGCCGCCAACCUAGACCGCAUGUCGUCCGGAUUGUUCGCCAACCUAGUGAGCCACUCCACCAAGAUCAUUGUGGACGAGGAUGGAACCACGGCGGGAGCGGUGGCACAGGCUUCGCUGGAGAACAAGUCCUCGCCGCCCCAGUUCCAGUUGAACAGGCCCUUCAUGUACCUUGUCGUGGAAAAGUCCACCGGGCUGCUCCUUUUCGCCGGCCAAGUGCAAAACCCCAAGGAGACUUAAGGAUUAGAGCCUUUAACUGAAUAAAUACGUUAUAUUAAGUUUAAGCUUAUUUUUUGAUAGGGUUUUGCUGACUUAAUGGCUGACCUAAUUAAUUAUCAAUUAAUAUGGGAAUACAAAAAUAAAUAAUAAUAAUAAAGGCUGGCUGACUUAA